AUGUUUGGCAAACGUACCCUUCUCCUCCUGCCCUUGGUGGCGACGUUCAUAUCUGCUGUGCCUGUGCAAAUACAGGCUAACGGCGCUGUAAUAGCAGCCCGCAGCAGCACCAUGAGUGCUGCAGUCAUGCCACAGGACAAGACCACCACUCCGGACCCGACCGCCGCGGGCACCACUGCGACGGCCCCGGGCACGGCGCCCGUCCCCGUUGCGGGCCAGACGCCUGCUGUCCCCGCCGCCAAUGGGGCUCCCACCACAACCGCCACGACGGGUGCCGUCUUGGGAGCAGGGACAAACAUGACGAUUCCUAGCACUAACACGUCUACUAACCCCGCAACGACAGGAUCAGGCCCGGCUACCAAACCACCGUCGAUUGUUGGUAGCCAGGGUGAACAGAUCAAGGCCAACAUCAGUGAGGGCGUCAAGAAUAUGACUGACAAGAUCAAGGAGAAGUUCAACGAUUUUAUGGCGUUGAUGGGUGGACUAUUUUCUUCAAGCUCAGCAUCUACUGUAGCCACCCCGGCCACUCCAGCAGCCCCGUCGACUUCUACAAAUCCAUCAAGUCCUCCAGCAACCCCCGCAAAGCCGGCAACCCCUGCGACAUCAUCAACUUCUGCAGUCCCUGUGACUGCUGGAGCUUCGACUUCUCCGUAUUAAAAUGGUUACGUAUCAGGUUCUGAGUUGGUUGUUGUGAUAGUUUGGGGUUUCGGUGUUACCAUUUGGG